AUGGAACGGAGUCUGUUAGUCAGCAAGACAUUUCAAGUCUACUACUCUGCCAUUUGGCCCCAGUCCCAGAACGGGAAAGAGUGGGACGAUUUGAAUCCAUCUGAAGUUCCCGAUCUUGCUCGCAAAUCUUGCCCCUAUGCGUCGGUUGUUGAUUCUGGCGCACGUUUGUUUUCAAGAAUCGUUGAAUACGAGUGCCCUAAACUUGUGGCAGCUACCAAACAAACGUGGACCACUCUAAUGCUAAAUAACUCAAUACAAUUACUACCCAGUGCUCCCACACUGAGUUAA